CGUGCAUUUCGUGCCAUCGUGAGCGCCCUGUUCUGCUUUGAGGAAGUGGGAUCUUUCUGUCAAGCGGCUCUGAAUCUGAAGGAUUUGAAGGCUCGCGCUGCUGGGGAACUGUACUAGGGGCUGAGAGGAAAUGAUUCCUCCAAGCUAUAUCAAGGCACAGAAUGCAUCCUACAGCAUAGACCAACAUUCCCAAUGCAAGGAAUCUCGCAUUGAAUUUUUUUUUUUUUUUCUCAUGGCGCAGAGAGGCCUCUCCAAGACGAUAUUAAUAUCAAGAUUACUACCUGUCCGCACAUUCAUUCGCCUCAUUAAAGUCAGACAGAUACCAGCGCAAGGUUUACUCUUUAGCUCGGAUUUUUGCAUUUAGCAAUUAUCACUCAGCUCACCCCGCAAUACGAUCGCUAGAAAAAAAAAAUUAUGAAUACCUACGGAGUAGAGGUAUCUUCUAUGCCUCAGCAGC